UUCAAUCUUCCAACCAUACAUACAAUCCAUAAACAACACCUUCUUCUCCUUGUCCAAACACAUGUUCAUAAACCUUUUUAACAACUAAACAUUUAAAUCCCAUGAACAUGUCAAUUCUUGCAAGAUUUGCACUUGUUCUAGUUUUGUUCAUCUGUUUGAGAAGUUCAGAAGGUGGUGGACAAACACCACCGUCGUGGGUUAGCGGCGGAGCAGCGGCAGCCGCAGCGGCGACAAAGUAUCAAACCAUCACCGUUGAUCAAUCCGGUGGGGGGAACUACACCACUAUUCAGUCUGCCAUUGAUGCCAUUCCUUAUGAUAAUAUGCAAUGGAUUUGUGUUUAUGUCAAGACUGGCAUUUACAAUGAACAAGUUAAAAUCCCAUAUGAUAAACCAAUGAUUUAUCUAAAAGGAGGUGGAAAAAGAAAAACAUAUGUUGUUUGGAAUGGACAUAACUCCAUUGAAGCCGAUGCCACUUUUAUUUCGGAAGCUGACAAUGUUGUUGUCAAGAGUAUCACUUUCAUCAAUUCUUACAACUACCCUUUGGCAAGCAAUGGCCACAACCCCAUUAUGCCUGCGGUGGCGGCAAAGAUCUCCGGUGACAAAUCAGCUUUUUAUCGUUGCGGUUUCAUGGGUGUUCAAGAUACUUUGUGGGAUGAUGCCGGUAGACAUUACUUUAAGUUGUGUUCGAUACGUGGUGCGGUUGAUUUCAUCAUGGGGUCCGGUCAAUCUAUAUACGAGAGGAGUACGAUUUCGGUAAUCGCAGGAUUCUUAAGUCCCCAACCGGGAUUUAUCACCGCUCAAUCGAGGGAUGCUGCUAGUGACCUAAAUGGUUUCGUGUUUAAGGAUUGCAAUGUGGUUGGAAACGGCACAACUUAUUUGGGAAGACCAUGGCGCGGACAUGCUCGAGUUCUUUUCCAUAACUCGAGAUUGUCGAACAUUGUUGUUCCUCAAGGAUGGCUUGAUGGCGACUUCAUCGGCACCACAAUGAAAGAUUUGGUGUUCGCCGAGGAUGAAUGUAGGGGCGAUGGAUCGGAUACAUCGAGAAGAGUAUGGUGGAAAAGCAAGCUAAGCAAGGAGGAGAUACGACGGUUAACGAGCAUGUCUUACAUUGAUGAAGAAGGUUGGAUUAAAAAUCAAGCUUUCAAUAUGUUAUCUUGAACUCCAACAACUGUUUUAAUCUUGUUUUUGAGAUGUUAUUUUGGAAAUUGUUAGGUUUGUAGUUUGGUUGUAAGGUUGAAAGGAUUGUUAGAUGAUAUCGAUCAUUGUCUUCGAGAAUCGGAUUGUUACAAUGAUUCUGGUUGUAAAUGGUAAUCACUUUGAAUUGAAAUACUAUGAUUCGAUGAAUUGUGAGUUGCAACUCAAUUUCCGUUAAUUAAAGUUUGAAUGUUA